AUGGUGGUCCGGAUCCGGCCGGCGCGGUUCGACCGCCGGAACCGGCCCUUCUACCGGGUCAUGGCCGCCGACAGCCGCUCCCCGCGCGACGGGAAGCACCUCGAGGUCCUCGGCUACUACAACCCGCUCCCCGGGAAGGAUGGUGGCAAGAGGAUGGGACUGAAAUUCGAACGGGUCAAGUACUGGCUAUCUGUUGGGGCACAGCCCAUCGAUCCCGUGCAGCGUAUACUCUUCCGCGCCGGGGUUCUCCCUCCACCUCCGUUGCUAGCUAUGGGCCGUAAGGGUGUACAUCGUGACAGAACCCCAUCCAUCCGAUGA